CGGGCUGCAAUUGAGUGCUGCGCUCAUGACAAUUUUGCAUUGCCGGCGAUCCUGACACGUUGCAGGGACCUGGCAGUCAUGGAAACAGCCAACUCAAAUGCGCCACAUUCCUUUCCGUGGUUCUUCACCUUACGGAAUCGGAGGUCUUUAAAAGCGCGUCCUCAACGAACCAAAGACUGACCGUUAGGUCGACUAACAAAGAUCCCCCCUCUUCUAUCCAACUUCCCCCUCCAAGUCCUUAAGUCAACGAUGUUCAGUCUUGUAUGGUGGCCUUUUGUCGUCGCAUACAUCUCUUCAGUCGUGUUAGGGAAGCUUGCUGUCGACACGCCGUAUGCUAUCAUGAAAGGUGAGACCACCACAUUAAGCUGGUCUGGAGGAUCCGAGCCUUUUACAAUUGUGCGUAUUCCAAAAGCAUUCCGAGAUCCCGGCAGACUGAAUGCUUCGACGUCGAUCGUAUCUAAUCAGUCCAUCAUCUCCGGAGACGACCCCUCUGCUUCUCCUCUGGCUGAUCUCGGUUCAACGAACGAGAGAACAAUGCAAUACCAGUGGCCGUUCGACUCCGUGGAGCAUGGUAACCGAGUUGCAAUAUCAGUCCACGAUGCAAACGGAGAGAUGGCUCAAUCUGCGCCCGUUCUUGUUAUUAACUGAGGGUUACUGUUGUUUGUGGGUAUGGUCUCAUGGCUGAUCCAUGCUAGCAUGCUAGCAUGUCAUAACAUAUCGUACCGUUAUUCGUAUUUUUUCAAUGUUAUGUUCUAUUUUACAGACAGUAAUCAUUCUAUCUAUGACCCCCAAACUAUUUUCUUCUUCGCUUCUUGACUUUCUACACCGGGUGGACAUUUCAUGUUGUGUUCAAACUAGUUAUAGAGGGCGACUGCACAAUUGUCUUUCUCUUUGCUUUUUCUUCGUAUUCGUCUCAAAUUCAGGGUUCUGCAAUUGCCAAGGAC